UCGUAAGGAGUACAUGUGCACAGCGGAUUAACAUUAAUUAUAAUUUUUAUUGUUGUUUGUUUAAUUAAUAACAAUAAUAGGUGCAGUGCGUAGUGCGCGAGACCAGUGUCGUGCGAGAGCUUGUAACCGCGAGAGUAGAUUGGCGUACGCGGCCACUGAGCUUGACCAGCAUCAAGCAAACGAGUCUCGUGUGUCCAUUGAUCCGGCUUAAACGUCACACCCAAUCCGCUUCGGUAGGAAUCAGCUGAUUAAACCUCUCCUGCCGGUGGUUGCCUACUCCUGAUGUCUCGAGUGUACGCGUCGUCGAUCUCCGAAUUCAUCCAAUGGUGACUGAUUAACUUGGAUUAAACUUGGAAGUGAACGAAUCUUGUGGUUGGAAUGUGCCAGUGAUCGAACCGAUUACGUUGACCUAGUGACCAUUAUAUUACUAUCCGACAGAUUGUUAUCGGUUCCGUCAGGCAUGGUUAACUAGCGAGUGCAAUGUCUGAUGACUACAUUGGGAGAUAAGUGAAGUCUAAGUUGCAUGACGUAGCUGCAGGGUGGCUAAAGCUCGGCGUGAUAUCUCAAAGUGUGUGAACUGGUGUAAAUCGUGUUUCGUGUUACUAGUGUUCGAUUAACUGAAGUACUUUGUUUGCCAACGGUGACCAAAAGAUCGUGAAAAUUUUCCCCUUCGGAGAGCUACAUUCGUCACUUGGGAGCCCCGGAAAUCCUACAGCACCAGCACCACCGCCUGCCAUCAACGGUUCUCCAGAUCAUCAACAACAGCAGCAAAAAAUUAGCACCGUGGCGCUUCAUUCGACCGAGGCCCUGAUGGCGGGCUUUCUCAAGUCGACCGAUCUAGGUCCGCACGGUCCGCACGGUCCGCACGGAUACGGCGGUUCGCAUCAUCCGCACCAUGCCCAUCCGCACGGACCGUUGCCGCCCGGAAUGCCUAUGACAUCGUUAGCUCCGUUUGGCUUACCCCACGGGCUCGAUGCUGUAGGGUUCCCGCAAGGUAUGUGGGGAGUGAACCCACGAAAACAACGACGAGAGCGUACCACCUUCACCCGUGCCCAGCUGGACGUUCUGGAGGGACUGUUCGGCAAAACGCGCUACCCGGACAUUUUCAUGCGCGAGGAGGUUGCCAUGAAAAUCAACCUGCCCGAAUCACGAGUACAGGUUUGGUUCAAGAACCGACGGGCCAAGUGUCGUCAGCAACUUCAGCAUCAGACCUCCUCUAGCCUCAACAGUAGCAAAACGUCCAGCAAUACGUCAAGUUCGUCCACGCGGCAAUCCGGAACGGGAGCCGGAUCAUCUUCGUCAUCAAACAACAACAACAACAACCACACUUCAGGCAACGGCAGUAAUAAAAGUUCGUCGAUAGCCAACGCAAAUAACAAACCGACGAUCAAACAUACGCCCAUGAACAACCACAACAGCGGAGCUAAUAGUGCCAGUGGGCCAACCAGUUCAGGCAACAGUGCAAACAACAAUACAAGUAGUCACAAUGGUGCCAGCCUAGGGAUAACACAUAGUAACGCCUCCCCGAUCCUUCCUAUAACACCGUCGACCUCAGUUAGUCCACCAAUAAAUGUGAUUUGCAAAAAGGAGCAACCGUCCUUCCACCAUGGCGCCGGUAACGACUCAAUGAAAGGUUCCUCCGGUUACGAUUUACUGAAAGAUCAAGAUCUGAGUCUUUCACAUCACACUUCGGGUUACGUGAACAUAAAUUCGCGGUUAGGACAGUCGCUUGGGUCCGGUGGUGCUGGAGUAUCGAAUGGCCCUUCGGCAGGCAAUUUAACUCCACUCGGUUCAAAUUCCUCCAUCAUGACCACACCCUCACCUCCUAUUACUCCACAAACGUCACACAAUCCGCUUUCGUAUGUGCCAAAUCACGAGACAUAUAACUUUUGGCACAAUCAGUACCAACAGUAUCCUAACAACUAUAACACAUCGUCCUAUUAUAGUCAGAUGGAUUACUUCCAGAAUCAAAAUCAAAGCAACUACAACAUGGGUCAUUCGGGCUACACGACGUCUGCUAACUUUGGCCUUGCUUCAACCUCGGCACUUGCCGGUCCCAUGGGAGGUCAGACCUUCAGUCCCAGUGGGUUAGAUUAUAUGAAUCCCCAGGAUAAAUAUGUAAAUAUGGUUGGAUAAGCAUCCGACUCCAACGAUCAGGGGGGACAUUUUCUCCAUACUUCAGUUCGUCUAAAAGUUGAAAGGCCCACAACAUUCACAAAACUAAUGUUAUCCCUACUUGAAUCUAGUUUUCGUAAAAUUGGAAAUCAUAUCAUACCCAAACGAACACCAUUCGUUUCGUUCGUCUAUUUCCGAUCGCAUUUGUUUGUUUUUUUUUUGUGUUGAGAAGAACUAAUUUAUUCAUUAGUCUGCCAUAGGGACAAUUAUGACUCGUUAAAUGAACGUUUUUUCGAUUUUGAAAUCAGUGUAUAGAAAAUCCAAAUCAAUCAAAAUUGAGGAAAAUAAUAUCAAACUGCUCAUAUCAGUAUUUUUGAUAGGAUCGAAAUGCGAGAUUGUUUGGUUAAAAAACAAACAAUAUUUCCACAUACAUCGACUUACCAGCGCCAAAUGUGUUACUAAAUCUGAAGCUAUUGUUUUUGAAAGAACAAACUACAAAUAAUUGAAUGGUGUAAGCUCAAGUGUGAAGCGACUUGCAACAAGGUAGCAAAAGUCGUGAUCGAGAGAGUAGAAGAGAAACACGAAGAAGUAAAUAAUACACAGAAUGGUAUUAAAAAAAUUCACACACCUGUAUAGAAUAGAUAAGCCAACUGAAUGAGGUGAGAGAAUCUGUGCAAUUUAAGUUUUCGAAAACGAAAGUAUGAGAGUCAGCAAGCAUUGCUCUUGCCACAUAACCGAAAUACUCCAGCGGAACUCGAUUUGUUUCCAAUGUUUACUGAGAAAUUAUCUUUUUCAGUCGUAUACAAUAUUUUAUAUUGAAGUAUAAACUUUUAACUCAAUUCAAAUGAGGUGAACAAGAGCAAAACACACGAUAAGAUUAGGUAUGCAUAAGAUUAAACAAAUAAAUAAAUUAAAACAGCCCUUUGAAAAAGCUACAUAGUUGUACAUGGAUCGCUGAUUUAGAGAUAAUGUAAGUAAUCAAAUGCGCUCUUUCGAAUCACGAAGAGAGGGCGCCAACAAGAGAUAGUCGACCCACAUGAACUGCAGGAAACAGAUGCCACUUGAUGGUCAUGUAUCGAAAAGUUGAUUGCAAAAUUAUUAAUUAUGAAAUGAAAAGAUGCAAAAAAAAUCUCUAAUUGUACAUAGUAAAUCGAAAUAUUAUAUAAUUAUAUUAUCUCAAAAAUAAUAAAAAGAAUG